UCUAGUAAAUUCCUCAUCUAUGCCUGUCUGCUGCUGUUUUCUGUGCUGUUGGUCCUUCAUCUGGAUGGCAUCAUUCAGUGGAGUUACUGGGCUGUCUUUGCUCCAAUAUGGCUGUGGAAGUUAAUGGUCAUUGUUGGAGCCUCAGUUGGAACUGGCAUCUGGGCCUGGAAUCCCCAGUAUCGAGCAGAAGGAGAAACAUGUGUGGAGUUUAAAGCCAUGCUAAUUGCAGUGGGCAUCCACUUGCUACUGUUGAUGUUUGAAGUUCUCGUCUGUGACAGGAUUGAGAGAGGAAGCCAUUUCUGGCUUCUGGUCUUCAUGCCACUGUUCUUUGUUUCUCCAGUAUCAGUUGCAGCCUGUGUUUGGGGGUUUCGACAUGACAGGUCAUUAGAGUUAGAAAUCCUGUGCUCUGUCAACAUUCUCCAGUUUAUCUUCAUCGCCUUAAGACUGGACAAGAUCAUCCACUGGCCGUGGCUUGUAGUGUGCAUCCCCCUGUGGAUUCUCAUGUCCUUCCUGUGCCUGGUUGUCCUUUAUUAUAUCGUGUGGUCCAUCUUGUUCCUGUGCUCCAUGGAUGUGAUUGCGGAGCAGCGAAGGACACACAUAACGAUGGCACUAAGCUGGAUGACCAUUGUUGUGCUUCUUCUUACCUUUGAGAUUCUGCUGGUUCACAGGCUGGAUGGCCACAACACAUUCUCUUGUAUACCAAUAUUCAUCCCACUUUGGCUUUCAUUGAUCACUCUCAUGGCAACUACAUUUGGACAGAAGGGAGGAAAUCACUGGUGGUUUGGUAUUCUCAAAGAUUUCUGUCAGUUUCUGCUUGAGAUUUUCCCAUUUUUAAGAGAAUAUGGAAACAUCUCAUAUGAUCUCCAUCAUGAAGAUAAUGAAGAAACCGAAGAAACUCCAGUUCCAGAGCCUCCUAAAAUUGCUCCGAUGUUUCAAAAGAAUACCAGGGUAGUUAUUACACAGAGCCCUGAAAAGUAUGUCCUUCCAACUCCCAAAUUAAAUAUCGAAAUGCCAGAUUAAGCUCCACUUCCCGGGACAGAAUGUAAAUGGAAUUGGACCCACUUUCUUCUCUGCCCUCCUCUGCCUCUGUCCACCCAAAACUGGAACUGG